AUGCGGUCAGCAGCGAGGCUGCUCUAUGCAGCAGUGUUCGCAUUUGCUGGAUUGAGCCAUGCCGGCGAACAUAAUCCUGCACUGGACCCAACGAAGUGUGCUUCCGCCUCGCUCCAGCUCGAACCUUCAGCCAUGGUUUCAGAUGCGUGUGUCUCAUAUGGCGACAUUAAUGGCAUGAAUGACCUGAUUUUCACGACACUCACCUCCCUCACACAAGAAACGGAUUUCUUCUCCUACUAUCGCCUCAACCUGUUCAAUAAAGAGUGUCCCUUCUGGAACGAUGCUAAUAGCAUGUGCGGCAAUAUCGCAUGUGCCGUGAACACCAUUGACUCGGAGGAGGACAUCCCGCUCACAUGGCGAGCGGAAGAACUUAGUAAACUGGAAGGCCCCAAGGCGAACCACCCACCCCGCAAGAUCCAAGCCGAGCGUCCAAAAGAACGCCCACUCCAGGGAGAGCUGGGUGAAGACGUCGGAGAGAGUUGUGUGGUAGAAUACGACGACGAAUGCGACGAACGAGACUACUGUAUCCCUGAGGACGAGGGUUCCGCCGGGAAGGGAGACUAUGUGAGCUUGGUGGACAACCCGGAGCGGUACACCGGAUACACCGGAGCAGGUGCAAACCAAGUCUGGAAUGCUAUCUACAACGAAAACUGCUUCUUGAAGCCCGUGUCUGACGAGCUGGAAGAACAGUCAGUGAACGUCCCGAUGGGCGGCCUCCAGGCAGCCUCUGAUUUCCGCAACGUGCUCCACAAGGAGUCGCAGAGAACAGACGGCCUGCUGCUAGAUAACGAGUGCUUAGAGAAGCGGGUGUUCCACCGGCUCCUGAGUGGUAUGCACGCUUCCAUUUCGACACAUCUGUGCUGGGACUACCUCAACCAAACCACAGGCACGUGGCAUCCCAACGUGCAAUGCUUCAAGGAGCGACUCCUCGACCACCCGGAGCGCAUCUCAAACAUGUACUUCAACUACGCCCUAGUCUCACGCGCCGUGUCAAAACUCCGCAAGCAUCUGGACGGGUACACGUUCUGCACCAGCGACCCAGCGCAAGACCGCGAGACCAAAAGCGCGUCAACAAGCUAA